AUGUCUACCGCCGAUCAAGCAGAGAUUUGCCUCCGAGGCAAAGCAACCAGCGUUCUGUACCGCUUUAGAGCCCAUUGGACCUGGCACGGGCGCCGGCCAGCUGAUUCUGGUGCCAGGUUCCGAGGUCUUAGCGAUGCAAGGCUUCUGCAACGUAAAAUCACUACAUUGGACGUAAAAUCACUACAAGCGGAAAUCCAAUCGGACAGCGUAAUUUUCCGGCAGGCUCGAUUAUUCUUCGUAAGUCCGUCCGACCUGGCUGACGUUCGAGAGUUGGGCAUGGCCGGGAUGAUUCCCGUAAUCGCAUGGACGCUAGAACAAACCUGCGGAUUUCUUCGAAGACUGAACGACUAUACUAAGCGGUAUGUCCUAUUUGAACGCACUUACAUGAGCUCCGUAAUUUAA